UCUCUCUCUCUCUCUCUUAAAAUCUUAUAUUUCUUUCUCCUCCACUGUCUCUCUCUCUCUCUCUCUCUCACCGCACAUAAUGGCAACACUACAGUCCCUUGCUUUCUCUCCUCCAUGUUCACAUUCCCAUCAGCCUCGGUUUGCUCUAGGUAUGGCAUCUGGAGUUAUUCAUCAAAAACCACGCUCCACGUUCAGUGGUCAGCCACUGUACCUGCCUCGUUUGCAUAUUUCCUCCUCCACAAAAACCCGAAAAACACCUAGCAGACUAACAAUAAUGAUGGUAAAACCAUCGAUUCAGUUCAUACAAGGAACGGAUGAGCAGACAGUACCAGAUGUUAAACUAACGAAAUCCCGGGAUGGAACAAAUGGCAUGGCCAUAUUCAAUUUCAGCCAACCCUCGGUUUUUGACUCGUCUCAGGAAGUCGGUGACAUUACUGGGUUCUACAUGAUCGACGAAGAAGGGGUUCUCCAGUCAGUCGAUGUGAAUGCCAAGUUUGUGAACGGGAAACCUGCAGGGAUCGAAGCUAAGUACAUCAUGAGGAACCCUCGGGAAUGGGACAGGUUCAUGAGAUUCAUGGAGCGCUAUGCUAACGCUAAUGGCCUGGCAUUCGUCAAAAAAUGAAGCCAUUCAUUUUCACUUUCAAAUUUGUAAGGCAAACUGAAAGAGUGAACUCGAAAAAACAUUAAAACAUCCUUGUCAAUACACAGUUUUGCUGCUGGCAAUCAUUUCUUCAUCCUGCUU